CUUCGAUGAAUAAUUAUAAUAAUAUAAUGCGCAUUAUUGACAAAUUUACACAUUAUACAUAAUUAUUCCACAAAAAGAUUAAAUAUUCUACUAUCGAUAACGACUACUUGACUAUCGAUUUUACAAAUAUAACAGAUAGGAUCUCAGUAUUUUUAUUGGUUGCUAUCUAUUUUCUUAACAGUUGUAAAUAUCACCCGCCAAUAAAAGUAUUUGCCGCGUAAUAUUCGAAAAGGAAGAGACGGAUUCGAGAAGAAAGUGAUGAUUUGUCAUGAGAGGAUCCUGCGAACUGUAAAAGUAUAAUUUCAGCUUCCUUCGAUAGGAAAUCGUCGUGGGACGUGAAAAAAGGUCAGCUGCAAGAGGACGAUAUGGAUUUUAUCUUGCGACGAAAAGUGGGUCACAACGAAAGCGCUUGUGCGCACGCUUCGAUUAUCGAUUGAAACGUUACGUUUCUUUAGUUUGUACGCUGGAUCUCAUUUAUGUGAACGCAGCGGCUGUGGAUGUUCGUGGUAUGACUUCCUCGCAGUAGGCCAGCGGCUGACAUCUCUGGUUGUGGUCCGUGCGCGAUCGCGAGUUUUAGGAAAAAUGCGGUGAAAUUCGAUGUGCAGCAACGUGUCUUCGCGAAAUCGGCCAUUUUGGUAGUGCGUGUUUCACGAAAACGGAUAGGAUCAUCUCUGGCAGCUACCCUCGACGGUUGUGCGUGGAAGUGGUGGCAGCUCGGUGUCGCCCACAGGACACAGCCGUAAAACUGAAAACGAUCGUGUUCUUGGGCCAGUGAGAAAACAACCUCGACAAAAUGGCAGGGAACGUGGGUAUGGAACAAUUGAUUCCGAUCGUGAACAAGCUCCAGGAUGCGUUUACACAACUUGGGGUGCACAUGCAGCUUGAUUUACCACAGAUCGCGGUGGUAGGUGGUCAGAGCGCAGGAAAAAGUUCCGUUCUCGAAAAUUUUGUCGGAAAAAUUUGCUGAGUUUUUACAUUGUAAAGGUAAAAAGUUUGUGGAUUUUGAUGAAGUACGGAAGGAAAUUGAAGCAGAAACAGACAGAGUUACAGGCAGCAAUAAGGGCAUUUCUAAUAUACCAAUAAAUUUAAGAGUAUAUUCGCCUAAUGUUCUAAACUUGACAUUGAUCGAUUUACCUGGCCUCACAAAAGUACCAAUUGGAGAUCAACCAGUAGAUAUAGAAGCUCAAAUUAAAGGCAUGAUUUUUCAGUUUAUCAAAAGAGAAAAUUGUCUCAUAUUGGCAGUAACUCCAGCAAAUACUGAUUUGGCAAACAGUGAUGCUCUUAAACUUGCUAAAGAAGUAGAUCCUCAAGGUGUUCGUACAAUUGGUGUUAUUACAAAAUUGGAUCUUAUGGAUGACGGUACUGAUGCAAGAGAUAUUUUGGAAAAUAAAUUAUUACCUCUAAGGCGUGGUUAUAUAGGUGUUGUUAACAGAAGUCAAAAAGACAUAGAAGGUCGAAAAGAUAUAAAAAAUGCUCUAGCGGCAGAAAGAAAAUUUUUCUUGAGCCACCCAUCUUAUCGACACUUGGCAGAUAGAUUAGGAACACCAUAUUUGCAACGCGUUUUAAAUCAGCAAUUAACAAAUCAUAUCAGGGAUACUUUGCCAGCACUAAGAGAUAGAUUACAAAAACAAUUACUUACAUUGGAGAAGGAUGUGGAACAGUACAAACAUUUCAGACCUGAUGAUCCUGCCAUAAAAACUAAAGCUAUGUUGCAGAUGAUACAACAACUUCAGUCAGAUUUUGAAAGGACUAUAGAAGGUUCAGGAUCUGCUCAAAUCAAUACAAUGGAGCUUAGUGGAGGUGCUAAAAUAAACAGAUUAUUUCACGAACGUUUUCCAUUUGAAAUAGUUAAAAUGGAAUUUGAUGAGAAAGAAUUGAGAAGAGAAAUUGCUUUUGCAAUUAGGAAUAUUCAUGGUAUCAGGGUAGGUUUGUUUACUCCUGAUAUGGCCUUUGAGGCAAUAGUCAAGAAACAAAUCAAUAGACUCAAAGAACCUAGUCUGAAGUGUGUGGAUUUAGUUGUACAGGAACUCAGUAAUGUUGUACGCAUUUGUACUGACAGGAUGUCACGUUAUCCUAGAUUAAGAGAAGAAACGGAACGUAUUAUAACUACUUAUGUUAGACAACGAGAGCAAUUGUGUAAAGAACAAUUGAUACUGCUGGUUGAUUGUGAACUUGCUUAUAUGAAUACAAAUCACGAAGAUUUUAUUGGUUUUGCCAAUGCUCAACAAUCUUCAGAAAAUGCUGUAAAAUCUGGUCGUCAUACACUAGGCAAUCAAGUAAUACGCAAAGGAUACAUGUGUAUCCACAAUCUUGGCAUAAUGAAGGGUGGUUCAAGAGAUUAUUGGUUUGUCUUAACAUCAGAGAGUAUUUCUUGGUUCAAAGAUGAAGAAGAACGUGAGAAGAAGUACAUGUUGCCUUUAGAUGGAUUGAAAUUGCGUGAUUUGGAACAAGGAUUCAUGUCCCGACGUCAUUUGUUUGCUUUGUUUAAUCCAGAAGGCCGAAAUGUUUAUAAGGAUUAUAAACAGCUUGAAUUGAGCUGUGAGACUCAAGAUGAUGUUGAUUCAUGGAAAGCUUCUUUCCUCAGGGCUGGUGUAUAUCCCGAAAAAUCAACGGAGCAAGCAAAUGGUGAAGGAGAGGGUGGAUCAGAAGCUCAGUCAUCGAUGGAUCCUCAGCUUGAACGUCAAGUGGAAACUAUUAGAAAUCUAGUGGAUUCAUACAUGAAAAUUGUUACAAAAACAACUCGUGAUUUGGUUCCAAAGACAAUUAUGCAUUUGAUUAUUAACAAUGCAAAGGACUUCAUUAAUGGAGAGUUAUUGGCACAUCUAUAUGCAAGCGGUGAUCAGGCUUCAAUGAUGGAAGAAUCACCGGAAGAAGCACAAAAACGAGAAGAAAUGUUACGUAUGUAUCAUGCAUGCAAGGAGGCACUUCGUAUUAUUGGAGAUGUUUCGAUGGCGACAGUGUCCACUCCAGUACCACCACCUGUGAAAAACGAUUGGUUAGCAUCUGGCGAAAAUCCAAGGUUAUCACCACCAUCUCCUGGUGGACCAAGACGCGGAGUGACACAGCCACCACCUCUUUCUAGCUCUCGAGCUCCGCCUCCGGUUCCCACGGGUGGUCGACCAGCACCGGCUAUUCCUAACCGGCCUGGACCUGGUGGACCUCCGCCAGCCCGUUCUACACCUGGCCUACCCCCUCCUCUUAUACCAUCGUAAGUACUAAAGAUUAACGUUAUUUUCAUCUGAUUUAAUGGAAUUGUACCUUGUGAAGUAGUACAGAGAACAUUUAAAAAAAAAAAAAAAAAAAAAUAAUUUCAAACACUGUACUAUGGAGUAUCUUCCGAUUGUCAAGUUUCUCACAAAUUUUGCACAACGUUCUGUUAGUUUGUGUCAAGGUCGUCUUGUGUCUAUAAAAUGGAGGUUCUUUUUUUUUUUUUAUUCUCAAUCUUCGCUGAAUAUUUUAAAAAAGAAAUUUGCAGUUGCUUGUCCUCCAUAGCUUUGUGUGAUUGGGGCUUUGGUGCUAACUUCACUUUCUAUUGCAGGCGCCGACAAUAAGUCUUCGCACUAACUCGCCUAUUCGCUACUAAUUAAUAUACAUAUAUACAUAUAUCAAUUGCAUCUAGCCAGUGUAUAUUUUACACGAGAUACAAUUUCCUAAUGCUAUAUGUUUUGUCUGCAAGUAUUACAAAUUAUUGUUUAAUUAGGGGUGUGUAAAUUGUAGGAAAAUAACCAAUUGCAGAUUAAAGGAAGCUUCCAGCAACUUUGAUGAGCAAUCUAUCUCAUAUUACACGUUAUACUCUGUAUCAGUAAUAUAUCAAAUUAUUUCGUGGUCCAAUUACUUCGUAAGAAUGACCAAGAGAUUAUUGUCCGUAUUUUUUUUUAUCGUCUUCAUUUUAUUUUAGGCAAUAUUAUGAAGCAUAG